CUUCGAUAUUUCGGGACCCGAGGUCAGUCUAAUUGGCAAGUUAUGGUCUCCCCAUGUCGCUGCCGACCGGGCCCCCGCGUUGUCCCGGUCACCGUCACUCUCCUCGCGGGGCGUUCUUCCGCGCGUCCCCGAGUGCGGACAAAUUUCCCAUUCUCCCGGAAGUUCCAGAAGCCCAAGGAAGUGAAUCUCUCGGCCCUCGCUCGCUCGACAAACGAAACUUUGCCCGGAAACGGCUUCUCGCGACAGCGCACCCGCGGCCAUACGUCCCCCCUGCGCUGCACCUUCUCGUUCUCGGUAGCCCUGGAUUGUGUGUUCUCGUUGCAACCGUGCUUCCCGUGGAUUCCGAAGCCUGUGACGUGCGAUGACACGGUCUUCUAUGAAUCAAGCGACGUCACUCCAACUGGCCAUCGGUCGUGUUCGUGUUCCUGCCUCGGCCGUCUGGGAACGAAAGUCCGAGGAAUAAUUGAUCGAUAAUCAUUCUAUUGCAAUUGAAUUGGAUUGAAUU